AGCCGCGGAAGUCGAAGCGUGAAGUGGCGAGGGUUCACUGUAUAUCAUUCUCUCUCUUCCCCCAUCCCACCCCGCCGGUCCACAUUUUGCUGGGCCCUUGCUUCCCCAAGAGUGGUUGAGGCUGGGGCACCUGAAUGGAAUGGCCGCCCUCAUGCCCUCUGUCAGGCAAGGCCGGGGAAGGUUGAGAUGGAAAUGACAACCAUCCCUCGAAGGCUCCACCAGACUUCUCCCAACUUCACUUUCUCACCUUCCUCAUGCUGAACUUUGAACUUGAGCCAAUGCCCUAGAUUGCCUGUCUUGAAGGUAACCUUUUCCACCUAGGUCACAUUACUUUGCUCCCAAGCACCCCUAGCUCUCCUUAGCCUGAAGCUCCUUGGCAGCAUCAGGGGUCCGAACACCCCAGGUGUUCCUGGACAGGGGAGCAGGUGCAACUCCCUUCUAUGUCCCCAUUUGGGGCUGGACACUCGCCUCUCCAUUCCCAGGCCAUCUCCCCAGGUGAGAAAGUAAAACGCGGAGAUGGGCCAUGAAGCAGCAUACAUGGUGGGGGAGGCAGUGGGGGUGGGGAAGUAGAGCAGCCUCGGCUAGGUGAAUCUGCCUGCAGGGCGGAUGCUCUUGCUCUCUGCCCCAUAAGGAACUUCAAAACUUGCUAAGAUGCCAUGCCAAACCAGCCAACCCAAUUUUCAUGGCUUUUAUGUAUCCUCCCCCUACAGAAAUAUGACUAGAGGUUCCCCCGAGGGCAACAGCCCCAUUUGAAAUUAUGCCUCCCCGUGGUCCCCCCAGUGCCCUUUCACUUGUCAGACCAUGUGUUCUCUUUGGUCGAGAAGAGGCAUUCGGUGCACCCAGUGGUGGCGAGGCAAAUGCCCAAUUGCUCCCUACUGUGGCAUCAUUAUGUCAUCUGACAGCCAACCCCAGCCCUGCUACUGGAACAUCCAGGCACAGAGAUAGCCGGACACACACCCAGUCACCCGCCCAGCCCACCGAUGUGUACACACUGAUAGAUACGGGGACAGCCACAGCUGAAAACACACACACAGAUCUGCACACUUAGCCCUAAACUGGUACACACGCAGAGCUCAGGCGGUCAGCACCACACAGAUCUGGCUACAAGUGCUCACCAAGCCCUUGCCAAAGCACGUAGCAUUUGCACUUUUUGCCUUCUCUUGGAAUAAGUUCAAGGGGAUGGAGAAGUGAGAGUCAUCAGCUGCCCUUUCAAGGCCACUUCCCAGCAUCGCUCUUAUCUCUGUCUCACACUUAACCCCUAGCCCUCUCUUCCUUCCUUGUGCUUGAAGAACCCCUUCUUGCUGGAAAGCCCCCUGGCUUUGCAGCCUCCCCUUUCAGUUCUUUCCCCUCGCCCACCUUUGGGAAAACACCCGCUCUCUGGUCUCCACCUUUUUCUUUUCCUGACUGGAGGUUCCAACCAGUAGGAGGUCUCUACCUCAAAGCAGGAAGCCAGAGGCCAGUGCCCCAAGAAGGAAUAAGGCCCUAGGCAGGCAGUGGGUGUGGGGUGAGGGCUUCCUGAAUGCUUCCCCACCCCUUGGCCCUGCCCACAACCUGAUGGCUUUCAUUAGUCCUUGGCACUUAUCUGGAGACCGCAGGCACGCACCGACAGUGCAUCCUAACCUCUCUGCCUGUGCUGAGCCCAGCAGUGCCAUGGGGAACUGCCAACCUGGGGCGGAUCCCUUCUUCUCCAUCGACAAGAACUCAAGCACACUGACUCUGGGAGACGACUUUGGCAGUGAGUGGAAUGAGUCCUAUGAACCCUUUGACUACAGUGACAGCAACCUGGAAGCUGCUGCCCCUUGCCACUCCUGCAGCCUGCUCGACGACUCUUCACUGCCCUUCUUCAUCGUGGCCAGCAUCGUGGGGAUUCUAGCUAGCGGGCUUGUCCUUUUUGCACUUCUCAGGCCUCUCUUCCACUGGAAUCUCUGUCCUGGCCGGCCUAUCUUGGUCCAGUUGGCUGUGGGCAGCGGCCUCUUUAGCGUGGUGGUGCCCAUCCUAGCACCAGGUCUUGGCGGCUCCCAAAAUAGUGCCCUGUGCUACUUGGGCCAUUGGGUCUGGUAUGGCUCAGCCUUUGCUCAGGCUCUGUUGAUAGGGUGCAGGGCAGGCCUGGGCCCCAGGCUGAGUACAUGCCAGGUCCCAAGACUCACUGUGGGGCUCACUGUGGGACUCUGGACAGUGGCUGCCCUGUUGGUACUUCCAAUCACUUUGGCCAGCGACAUUUCCCCAGGGAUCUGCACACUGAAAUCCAACAAAGGCCUGGGGACAUUGCAGUACAUACACGCUGCGACCUGUUUUGCUAUCUUCUCCUUGUUGCCACUGGGCUUGGUGGUAGCCAAGGGGCUGAAAAUGGCCCUGGGCAAGGGGCCAGGGCCCUGGGUGGAUAUCCUAUGGGUGUGGUUCAUUUUCUGGUGUCCCCAUGGAGUCAUGCUGGUAAUAGACUCGCUGGUGAGGUCUAGCGUCUUGGUUUUGUCAACAUGUGGGAGCCAGCAGGUUUUGGACUUGCUGUUGCAUGGUGCAGAAGCCCUGGCCAUUCUGCACUGUGUGGCCACGCCCUUGCUCCUGGCUUUCUUCUGCUACCAGACCACGCACAGGUCCUUGCCCCCAGGGCCCCUCCCUGCAAGGUGGCCUCAUCCGGACAUCCCUGAAAUCAAAUCCUAGCUCUCGCUCUUACCUGUCAGCCCCAAUUAAAGUGUAUGUUGUUUUUCUUCGA